CUCCCUAGAGACUACGUUCACCAGCAUGAAGAGCAGCUCUCUCGCUGGCCUGUCGGCCCUCGGACUGUACACGGCGGCCGUCGCGGCCAGCAUCACGGUGCUCCCCGGCGGCGAGCCCAAGCCGUACAGGGGGGCGGGCAUGGCGCUGAGCAGGGACGAGUACUUCCGGAUGAGCGCGCAGAACGACUUCAACAACGUGACGGCCGACAUCAUCCUGUCGUCGCACGACCAAGUCGCCUUCGGGUCGUCGCCGUCGGACGGCAGCGGCGGCGGCUACCGGCCGUCGUCGGACAGCUUCGUGCGGGGCGCCAUCGAGGCGUGGGGCCAGCACCUGCACCUCGUGGUGCGGCCGGACGAGGUGUGGUUCACGAUCCUGACGCAGAUGAACUUCUUCAUGAACGCGCACGCCGAGGCCGUCCGGGACCUGUUCGUGGCGCACCAAGGGCAGGAGGUGGUGUUCGUGCAGGCCUGCUGCACGUGGGCCGACGUGCUGAUCCGGUUCCAGGACGAGAUCCAGGCGCGGGUCAAGACGCCCUGGCUCCGCGACUGGAUCGCGCCCAACUUCACGACCACGACGGCCGCCGACGGCAUGACGGCCAACGUGCUGAUGAUGGGCCUCACGCAGGCCUACUUCAAGUUCGAGGGCGACGUCGUCUGCGGCCUGCCGUCGGUCACGCUGCUCGGCGAGCGCGCCGACUGGGAGGCGCUGCUGGCCAAGCUGGACCGCCUGGCCGACUUUGGCGCCGAGGCGGCGGCGUACGGCGAGCGGCUGCGCCCGAUCCUGCGCCGCUUCGUGCGCACCUUUGAGCAGCCCGACUCGGCCGAGACGGUCAAGUUCUGGAACAACAUGGUGGCGGCCACCGAGUUCGGCGUCUGCGGGGAUCCCCCUUACCACGUCUGGGGCUGGAUCACGGGCUUCCACUACUGGGACGACCGGGGGCGGCCGGUCGGGCGCAGCGUGCGGGACGGGGCGGGCAAGGUCACGCUCGACGGGGUCACGUACCCGCGCGUCGACCCCAGGCGGCUGCCCGUCGGCUACGCCAACGUGCCCUUCAUCAUGCACAAGCACGGUGGCAUGGAGCGGUUCCCGGCGUCGCUCGUGGCGGGCACCCUGGGAAAGGCGGUCAGCGAGGGCCCGCCGGCCGGCUACGCCGAGGCGCUGCUGAGGACGGGCAGGCAGGGAGUGUCCGCGGUGGGCGUCCACAGCACCCUCCAGCCACUCUCCGGCUGGGCGCUCUACGGGCCGGUGGACUACAACCGUACCAUCAACAGGACCAUGCAGGACGAGCUGGCGACGGACGUGCUGGCGAGCCUCGGGGCCAACUUUGACGCGACACGGUGUGCUGCCAGGCCCUGA